AUGUUGCCAAUUAUAGCUACUUUAAUAGCUGGUGUUACCAUUUAUAUUGCUGCAAAAAAAUAUUUUAAACACCGAUAUAACUAUUGGGAACGACAGGGUGUGCCGGGAGCUAACUGUUUGGAACCCGGAAUCUUUAAACCACAAUAUGUACAUCAAUCAGAUGUCAAGAAAAGUGAAGAAUUUGGUCACAUCUAUGGAUACUAUGAGUUCUUUCGUCGCGGAAUUGUUAUCAACGAUCCCGAUAUGAUUCGCGAAGUUUUUGUCAAACAUUUCGAUAAAUUCAGUGAUCACAGGGAACUGUACUUCGGUGAAGAUGCCAUCAACGAGAAUCUGUUUAAUUUGCCGGGCGAUGACCGCUGGAAACGUAUCCGUAAUCUUAUAUCACCGGCCUUUACAUCAGCAAAACUUAAGGGAUUGAUGGCACCGAUCGAUGAGAUAUCAGAUCAAUUGGUUCAUAAUCUUCGAAAAUUAGUCGAUGAACACAAUGGUUCUGUAGAGUUGGAUAUUAGGGGACCUAUAGCUGCAUACCUGAGUGAUUUGACCAAUUCGUUUGCAUUCAGUAUAAAAACUGAUGCCUUGAAAGAUCCUAACCAACCGAUUGUGAAGUUUGGUCGCAAAAUAUUUGCGGUUGAAUUCAAAUUUUCGUUAGUAUUGGCCGUAUUUUUGCCAAAAUUGGCUAAAUUUUUACGCGCCGAACCAUUUCCCGUCGAUGCCAUUAACUAUUUUAAACAGUUAACACUAGAAUUAAUAAAAGAGAGACGAAAUGAGGGCUCAGGAUAUAAAAGAAACGAUUUCUUGCAGAUUAUGAUUGAUGCCAACAAUGAAGAAGAAGUCAAUGAACAGUCGUCGGAAAGUCUUGAGAAAGAAAUCUAUGAAAGUGACGACACUUAUCGUCAAGACGUUAAGCCGUCAGUUACUAACCAUACGUUGAGUACCGUUGAAAUGACUGCACAGUGUAUACUGUUUUUUGUGGCCGGUUUUGAUACGACCGGCUCAACCUUAUCCCACUGUUUGUACUAUUUGGCCAAAUAUCCAGAUAUUCAACAAAAACUAUACGAAGAAAUCGACUCAAUCGAUGACUAUGGCGUGGAUUCGUUGGCAUCACUUAAGUAUUUGAAUGCCGUUAUCAACGAAACACUGCGUUUCGCGCCUCCUAUACUACGAGUAGAAAGAGUAGCCAAUGAAACGGUUAUCAUUAAAAACAUAGAGAUACCGACCGGUACUGUAGUGACUGUUACUCCCUAUUCAUAUCAUAGAGAUGAACAUUAUUGGGACGAACCGAAUAAAUUCAAACCGGACCGCUUUAUUGGCCACAAACACAAUCCAUAUCUACUGAUGCCUUUCGGUAGUGGUCCGCGACUGUGUCUGGGCAUGAGGUUUGCACUCAUUGAAAUACGGUGCUGUGUGGCCAAAGUGGUUAAACAUUUUAAGCUUAAAAUAACACCUACCGAUCCUCAUCUCGAGUAUCUCAUCGGAAGUGUAUUUUUUUCGCCUAAAGAGGUGGUGUUGUCUCUGGAAAAACGACAAUAA